CCCUGCAACUUGUUUAUUACAAAAGAAACAACACAACAUCCGAUAUUGUAUGAGUAAUAUAUUAAGAUAUAAUAAUACUGAUCACAUCUUCUUGUUAUGUUGUGUAUGUAUGGACUAAGUUGUUGACCAUUGCAAUAUCUCUCUUUCCCCGCUCUUCCCACUGUCACUUUCUUCUCUCUCUCUCCCCACUCGCGACGGUGUUCUUCUUCCUGGGUUUAAUCUUUGAUUCAGUUCUGCCAUGGUGGUGGAAGGAAGAAGUAGAAGUAGAAGUAGAUCCUUGCCCUCCUUUGAACUCACUCUCCUCUUACUCUCACUAUUCCUAUGUUUCUCCCUCUCUCUCUCUGAUCCCGAUCUGUUAGAGGAGGAAACCGUCGCCAACUCCUCCGUAGCAUCUCUCAACGCUUCUUCUACUGGUAAGCCUAAGGAAGGCAGCUUCGCUGACAUCAUUGAUCGUGCUCUCGAGAAAGAGUUCAAUGAAAGCGACCAGACUGAAGUGGCUGAUCCUGGAAGCUUCAACAACAGUGUUGCUGGACAGCAGGCUGUUCUGGAGACUGUAGCCAGAGUAAAGUCAACAAAGAAAAACGAGACAAAAGAGGACAAGAGGUUUCAACUCCAUGAUGUUUUCAACUUGGACAAUGAUAACAGAGCUGAGGACACUCCAACUCUGAUUGAUCGAAAAGUUAGUUUUAUUACAGGGAAGAUACUAGUUUGGUUCUCUUGUAUUUUUUUUUACAUGGCAAUUUUUCUGGUAUUGUGUCAGGACAAUGUAUUCAUCAUAUCCAAUUUCAAAUCCAAGUAUCCAGUAUUGCAGCUAGACUUGAGAUUGAUAUCAGACUUGGUGGUUGUCAUUGUAUCUGCAACUUGUGGUGGUAUCGCCUUUGCUUGUGCUGGACAGCCGGUGAUAACUGGCUAUUUGCUUGCAGGAUCUAUCAUCGGCCCUGGGGGUUUGAACUUCAUCAGUGAGAUGGUCCAGGUUGAAACAGUCGCCCAAUUUGGUGUGGUGUUUCUGCUCUUUGCAUUGGGUCUAGAGUUCUCCACUGCUAAGCUUCGAGUGGUUAGAUCAGUUGCUGUUCUUGGAGGCCUUCUUCAAAUUCUUCUUUUCAUGUUCUUGUGUGGAAUCACAGUGUCGUUAUGUGGUGGUAAACACUCAGAGGGAGUAUUUGUUGGAGCAUUUUUAUCAAUGUCAUCAACUGCUGUGGUGCUGAAGUUUCUCAUGGAAAAAAAUUCAACUAAUUCUAUUCAUGGCCAAGUUACUAUUGGAACUCUUGUUCUUCAGGAUUGUGCUGUGGGUUUGCUGUUUGCAUUGCUUCCAGUUCUUGGGGGAAACUCUGGUGUUCUUGAGGGAGUGUUGUCAAUGGCAAAAGUGGUGGUUGUGUUGCUUUCGUUUUUGGCUGUUUUGACAAUAUUAUCACGAACAUGUAUUCCUUGGUUGCUGAAGCUAAUGGUCAGCUUAUCAUCACAGACAAAUGAACUCUAUCAGUUAGCUGCUGUUGCGUUUUGCCUACUCGUAGCCUGGUGUAGUGAUAAGCUGGGGUUAAGUCUUGAACUAGGUUCUUUUGCCGCAGGGGUCAUGAUAUCAACUACGGAUCUCGCUGAACAUACGUUGGAGCAAAUAGAACCAAUCCGUAACUUAUUUGCUGCUCUUUUCCUAGCCAGCAUUGGGAUGUUGGUUAAUGUACAUUUUCUAUGGACACAUGUGGAUAUACUGUUAACUUCUGUAAUAUUAGUAAUCAUCAUAAAGACAACUAUAGUUACAACAGUUGUCAAGGGAUUUGGAUACAGCAACAAAACGGCUCUUCUUGUUGGAAUAUCUCUGGCUCAGAUCGGAGAGUUUGCCUUUGUACUACUUAGCCGUGCCUCCAAUCUUCACCUUAUCGAGGGAAAACUCUACUUGCUUCUCCUGGGGACAACCGCACUUAGCCUGGUUACAACACCUCUGGUGUUCAAAGUGAUACCAGCGGUUGUGCAUCUUGGAGUACUGUUAAGGUGGUUUUCUCCAGACACUGUUAUGGAGAAAGGAGAGAUAAUAAGAUCAGAGAGUGCUAAGCAACGGAUGAUACUGAUGUCACGCCAAUCCCACAACUCCUAAAACCACAAUGUUUCUUCUCAUGUAAAGUUUUGUCACACACAAAAAAUCUAUGUGGAACCCUAACAUUGUUUGCUUCCUGGAACCCACUAACCUCUGCCCUUUUUCACCAUUUGUUUCGCUUGUAAUUAGUAUUGUUUUUUCUGUCCAUUGUAAUCUGUAAUGAAAAUAUUUAAUCAAUAUCCAUAUCUCUCAAUUUGUUA